AUACGGAGCUGAGUGUGGGUCUCAAAGGCCUUCUGGGGGCUGUGGGGAGUGUUGUGGGAACACUCAGUGACAUCGAACGGUCGCCGGUGCAAUUAGAUGCGCUGCUGAUCGACAACCUCAGAGCAGACAGCACUGUACUACUCAACACAGUGGUACAGCACUUCACAUCGCAGGCAAUGCGACAGGUGUGUCGCAUGGUCUGUAUGAUAGGGGGUGUUAGGGUUUGGUUGGUUGUGGCUGUAUGUACCGAUGCGCUGCUGAUCGAUAACCUCAGAGCAAACAGCACUGUACUACUCAACACAGUGGUACAGCACUUCACAUCGCAGGCAAUGCGACAG